GCGGGGCAGCGGGGGCCGCAAAGCCGGGGUCUGCAUGGGUGGCGGGACUACUUACAAGAACGGUCGAUCUGAGCGUCCAAGCACGCAGCUGAGACUGGGGUAUAUGCUUCUGGCGUGAAGCACGGCGCCAACCCUGUACGGAUAGACCCUUCGUCGUUAACAAGCUGAAGCAUUUAGCCAGGAUGUGAAGUGGGACCUAGCCGUGGCGGUCGCACCGGCUGCAAAUGCGGCCUUCGCCAGGAUUGCUGACCAGCACACCCAGCCGCGCCGCUGCCACCGGCGCAAGGGCGGGGGCGGGGCUCGAGGCAGGGGCAGGGGCGCUAAGCAGAAACAUCAGCGCGGCGACAGGCACUGGCAGCGGCGGGCUAAGGCACCGGCGCAGAGGCGACAGAAGCCAGCUGCCUUCCACGUCAGGAUGGAGCAGCAGCAGCGCUGGGAGUUGCGACGACUGGCGCGGGUGCCGAAGGUGAAGGCGGUGCCGUGACCGGGCGCUGCGCCCGGGUGGCGGAGCGGCUCUAGGGCCACUGGCCGAAGCCCAGCCUGGUGUCAUCCAAUGUCGUCGCGGGCCUGGGCAGCUGGAGUGUCAGAUUGCAUUGGUUACAAGAUGUGUCAGCAGCACUUACAGUGGUGGGUCCAUCUCGUUCGAGGGCGGAGGUGCGCCGACUGGGCGGCGGGUGAAGCUACUUCGGGAGCGCUACGUGUGGCACGUGCAAUUCAUCAACGCGUACCUGACCAGCCAGGUACGGAAGACCACUUCACGCAAUGGGACUAGCAUAAGAUUCCUUCUUCCCAACUCCCUUUGACGCGACCACGUCGCAAACUGCCUCGUGGGUGUGCCACUGUGCCACAUUGCGGGAUGCGCAACAUUGUGGGAUAUGCAAGGUGGACAGCGGAGCUGGUCGUCCAACGUCUGCUACGGCUGUGGGACGGUGAAUUGGUUUUGAGGUCUGGACAGGUUGUGUCAGGCUGUAUCAGAGUCAGGGAAGCAGUUGAGACGAGGGUCAGUCAGGGGUCAGUCAGGGAUCAGCAAGGUUGGGCCGAUUCAGGGUCAUGUAGUCAUGUUUUGCUGCAUUGUUGUAAUGGUUGCAGGAA